AUGCAGAUAAAACGAAUUCAUGGAAGCAAGGACGCGGCCAGGAUAGCGCGCGGCGUCGACAUACCCACGUACACGAAUCUCACUCCCGGAGUAGAUUACACCGUCAAAGCAUCUACGAAAAUAUUAAGAAUUUAUGGAUCCGCCGACGGCGCGACGGAAGUACCGUGUGUCGUGCCACGUCCACAAAAAAUGAGUGUAGCGGGUGAAAUGCCCAAGAGCAGUCCCAAGGUCAACUUGGAGGCCAUCUGCAAGGAUUACCCUAACUCGAAGGUCCUGCUCAUCUCCGUCCAGCGCCCGAAGGCGUUCUUCAUCCGCACAUCAUGCGAGUUGUUUGCUGGAGGUACCGAGGUGCUCAUCCUGAGCGCCCUGGGUGAUGCCAUUCCCCACUGCGUGCAGCUCCAGCACGCUCUCAUGAUGAAGAACGCGGCUACCACCAUCCGCUUCGAAACUGCGCUGAACAAGUGCACGAACCCGCGUUCUAAGGGACCCGUUUACAUUCCCGGCGUCCACAUUUUCAUGCGCAAACACCCCGAGUUCAAGGGCUCUCGGAUUUCGCCGGCCUACGUUUCAUUUGCUGCGCAGCCGAACCCCGGGGAGCUGGCCCACACUUUCAAAGCUGACGCUGGCGAGCACUGCUGCAAGGUCAUCGCCGGAAGCACAUCCUUCGCCAUGCCGUCAAAGGGCCACCAACACGUCCACUUCACCGAACUGCUUAAAGCCACCGGCCACAGCAUCGAUGCUUACACCAAGCUGUUUUCGACGCUCUAUCAGGAGGCCCUGGCUGCGCAUGCCGCCGAACCCACUGUAUUCACUGUUACCAUGGCGAACUCUGCCUUCCAGCACCCCGAUCUGAAAUUCGCCUUAUGCCGCAUCUCGAAGGAUCAGCAGAGCUUCAAGGCGCCGGGCGAGGGUGUCGUUUUCAUCUGCGAUUUCAAAAAGCACCCGUACGACAACGUUCACAACAUGGGACUGAUCUAUGUCGUGGAGCCGCUGGCCCAAAACUACGCUGACCUCGCUGACUUCUAUCGCGCUCUCCACGCCACUGGUGAGAAUCUGAUGACGGCCGUGUGCGACCACAACGGCAUGGCUAAGCGCGACCCCACCAGGUCACGCAAGGCCAUGAUCUGCUGCUCCACAUACCUCAUCUGCGGAGACAAGAACAGGCACCCGAAAGCCACAAAGAUCGACUGCGCCAAGCACAUCCUCAAUGGCAUUGCCGAGGGUUACAGGCACGGUCCGGCCUCCACUUUCCACUUCUCUUACGACGAGGACUCUUACCGCCAGGCUUGGAUGGAGACCUCUGGACUCAAAGCGGACCCAAAGUGA